GAAAAAAAAAAAACCUACUGUGUAAAUUGCAUAUGUAUUUUUUUCUUUCUUUUCUUUUCUUUUUUUUUUUUUAAGAUUUUGUCCAUUUAUUUGACAGAGAGAGAUAGUGACAGCAGAAGCAGGGGGAGUGGCAGGCAGAGGGAGAGGGAGAAGCACGUUUCCUGCCUAGCAGGGAGCCCGAUGUGGGGCUUGAUCCCAGGGUCUGGGAUCAUGAACUGAGCUGAAGGCAAACCCUUAACCACCCAGAUGCCCCUAUUUUUUUUUUUCUUUCUUAAUUUCUUUCUUAAGAGUCUAGUAUUCAGGAUUAUUUAAGAAGUUAAUUGUAGGCAUUGCUGUCAUGAACAAUGGGAAGAAAUCAGAGGGAGACAAACCGUGAGAGAAACUGGACUCUGGGAAACAAACUGAGGGUUACAGAAGGGAGGGGGUAACCAGGUGAUGAGUAUUAAGGAGGACACGCGUUAUGAUGAGCAGUAGGUGUUACAUGCAACUAAUGAAUUGUUGAACACUACAUCAAAAACUUAUGAUGGACUAUAUGCUGGCUAACUGAACAUAAUAAAAAAAAUUAAAUAAAGUACCUCAGUAUGAACAACAACAACAAAAGAAGUUAAUUGUAGGUAAUUUAAAAUAUGAGGCGGUAUUGUCUGAAAAGAAAUUCAUUAUUUUAGUCAUGACCCCUAAAAUCCCAUAUGAUAUCUUUGUGUAAAUAAGAAAAAGAGAUUUUUAAGUUAGUAUGUUUUAUGUUUUCUCUAUAAGCAUAUUAUAAUAAAUUGAACCUGUUAUGAAAAUGGAUCUUUUAAUUUUUACAAGUGGAUUACAUUUAGUAAAUAUUAUUAUAUAGUGAUUUGUCUCAUUAAAAAAGGAACUAUCCUCGGGGCGCCUGGGUGGCUCAGUCGGUUAAGCGGCUGCCUUCGGCCCAGGUCAUGAUCCCAGGGUCCUGGGAUCGAGUCCCGCAUCGGGCUCCCUGCUCGGUGGAGAGUCUGCUUCUCCCUCUCCGUCUGCCUGCCCCUCUGCUUACUUGUGCUCUCUCUCUAUCUCUCUGUCAAAUAAAUAAAUGAAAUCUAAAAAAUGAAAUAGGGGGAAAAGUUUAAAAAAAAAAAAAAGGAACUCUCCUUAAAACUGGGGACUUUACAAUACCUUCCUGGUAUUGUAAACAAAUGGCAAAUAAUAAGAACUGCAAAACUUAGCUAGUAUGCAGCAAUACCAAUGAGACAUUUUUUUUUUAAGGUAACUGUCUAUUGGUUUUGCAAUUUACUUAUUUUCAUUUGUUCACUUAACAAAUAACUGUCAAGUGUCUUUUAGUUCCUAAGUGUUAUUCUGAUGUUGCAGAAUGCAAACAUUCAAAAAACACAAUCCCUGCCCUCCAGGAAUUUGUUAUUAUCAUUGUCAUUUUUAUUAUUUACUCUACUUUAUUCAGUGCUUACUAUGUGCCAGAGUCCCCUAGUGCUUAUAAUUACCAUUGUUAUUUUUUAUUGGUAUUUAAUAUGUUCCAGAUACUCUGUCCAUAGUGAGGAAUUAGAGUUUUAGGAGAGUGGGUAGAAUUUAGGGUAAGUAUGCAGACUGAAUAGUAAGUUUGCCAGGUAAAGUGGCAGAAGGACGAUGUUUGGCAGGAGAAACAUCCAUCAAGAUGACAUGUUUUGGGGACCGGACAAGAUGGCGGAGGAGUAGGAGACCUGGAUUUCGUCUCCUCUCAGGAAUUCAGCUGGAUAGGGAUCAAACCAUUCUGAACACCUACAAACUCAACAGGAGAUCGAAGAAAAGAAGAGCAACAACUCUCUCAUCAGAAAAGCGACCACUUUCUGGAAGUAUUUCCAUUAAACCUGGUACUGAUGAUUCAUGGCCUACAUCAGAUGAUGAAGACUUUAAUUUUGAUAUCAAGACUGUCCCAAAACCAAACUUAAGAGCGCUAAUGAAUGCUUCUGAGCAAUUCAAGAAUGUGGGAACAAAAUGUGGCCUUAUAACACUAGGAGGUAGAACUUUAUCUGAGCAUGAUAAUUCUGAUUAUGAAGAUGAAAAUAUAGUUGGACUUCUUUACAAACUACCAUUCAAAGCCAAUGACUUUUCUUGUCUUGCUUUUUCAAAACCUUCUGUCAAGUCGUUAGCAGGCCAUGGUGUUACAAAGGAAGGAGAGGUGCAGCCGGCAACUGGAAAAAAGGACAAUGGUAUUAAUAUUACUGAAAGUGCUCCACAAGAGCAAACAGUUAAUGACCAUCUGACUUCUGCUGAUAGAGCAUACAAAAGUAAUAGUAGUGUUACGAUGUCAGCAUUGGGAUUAGGAGAAGAGGAAGAAGGAGAAUCACCUUGGGAUUCUGAGUAUUUCUGAGAGUCUUCUAAAGAAAGACGUUAAACGUUUAUUUGGAGCUGCGGAUCAGAAAGGACCACGUAUAUUAAAUGAACAAGUAGAAGAUUCUCCGAAAAGAUAUCCUUACGUGAAGCCUACCGUUGAAGUGAAAGAUUCUGUUCCUAAGAAAACAGUAGAAGUCAAGGAAAAACAAACAUCCAACUCAG